AUGGACACAGAGGUAGAACACAUUGCUUAUUUUCAGCUGUCCAAUGUUGUUGUUGUUGUUUGUUUGUUGUUUUCCCAAACAGGUUGUAAUGAAAACGAGGCAGACCAUCUGGACAGAGACCAGCAGCCUUAUCCCCCGUCUCAGAAGACUAAGCGAAUGCGCACCUCCUUUAAACACCACCAGCUCCGUACCAUGAAGUCCUACUUUGCCAUUAAUCACAACCCAGAUGCUAAGGACCUCAAGCAGUUAGCCCAGAAGACUGGACUAACUAAGCGAGUUCUGCAGGUUUGGUUCCAAAACGCGAGAGCCAAAUUCAGAAGGAACCUUUUGCGGCAGGAGAAUGGGGGUGUUGAUAAAGCUGAUGGCACGUCACUUCCGGCACCGCCCUCAGCAGACAGCGGCGCUCUCACUCCACCCGGCACUGCGACCACUUUAACAGACCUGACCAAUCCCACAAUCACUGUAGUAUCAUCAGUGACGUCUAACAUGGACAGCCACGAUUCCGCCAGCCCCUCACAAACUACCUUAACAAACAUUUUCUAACAUUUGAUUUUCAAAACAAUUCUUCUUCGUUACUUCUGCUUCCUCUUCUUCUUUCUCCAUUAUAUGAUUAUAAUUACUAUUAAUAUUAUUUGCAACAUUUUUUUAAAAAAAAUAAAUAAAAAUAAAACAACACCACGAUAUAUUUGGGAAAAAACAACUUGGUGUCUAGCACCCACAACCACUUGGCAAAUGAGUUUGCAGUAAUAGAAUUCUAUUAUAAUGCAACGUGAACUUGUCUAUAAAUUGUUGUUGGAUUUUCUUUUUAAUCAUUGCCUAAUUAAAGGGAAGGUUUAAGUGCCUCUUAAAAUUGUAUGUUCCUUAUUUCCAGAAUUUACUGGGGGCAAAACGGUUGAUAUAUUAAUCAGAGAGAACUGUAUUUCCAAAUAAAUAGAUCAGUGUUUGUUUUCUUCAAAUGAUUGGCAUCUGAAUCAUAAAAAACAUACAUGUAAGGAAAUCCCACUGAGCAAGGCUGACCAAGCUCUUUUGCUAUCUGAUGCGGAAAAUCUAAAAAUAUUUAACACCCUAAAAUCUGCCACUUGAGGUAACUGAGUUCCCUUUCCAUAUCACUUAACCUUUGAGUUCAGUGGACUAUAUAUUUCUAAAUCAAGCUAGACUUAUAACUUUAAAAGCAGGUUUUGGCCAGUCGCCAAAUUUGGAUCAGUAAGGAUGUUUGUUCUAAGUCAGGUGAACUGUAUGACUUGCUUUCUUUAUUCUGUGGUGGUUCCCUGCAAUUUGGAAGCUGUCUUUAUGAUAUGUUUGCCAUGUACAAAACCUCCUCAAUUUGCAUUCUACCGUGUCAUGACGUGACUUGGGUUGGCAUGCCAAGCUAGUGGUAGUUGCUUUUGGCAUCAAAUUAUAUGACUGACCUGCCACUUACAAGGAACCAGCAUAGCCUGAAGAAAAAAGUUGUAAAAACACAAAAUUCAAAUAAUAUACACAUUGGGAUACAUAGAAGAAACCACUGGGUAGGAAGAGCCCACAGAAUCAAACUAUCAUGCUCUGAGGUCAGUUCUUAUAAUGUUAUUGCACAUCAGCUACAGAUGUGUGCUAAGACAGUUGUUUGUGUUCGUCCUGAGACAUGGCAUACUGUAUGUCCCGCAGAGGAGCCUCACUCGUAUAAAGGUCACCUAAUUAAAUCACGUGUGGGUUGAGUAUUAACAGAAUUAUGUCAGAGGUAUUUGUGGUCUGUCUAACCCCAGCUCUCUGCGACUGUUUCCUCAGUUAAUUUUUAGAUGCCAACAUGCUCUGACCAUUUUUAACCAAUGCCGGUAUUUCAUACUGAAAGGCUGCCCAGGAAUAAUUUGCAUUUCAGAUUUUUAAUCCUCAGUUUGCAUUCAGAUACUUUAUACAUUUUGUAUUUUCUUUCACGUUCUAUGCACACAAAAAAGUUGUAAAAGUUUUGUUUGGGAACUGAGGUUUGCCCAGGUUUUUAUUAGGCUUAAUAUGGGUGGGGAAAAACAAGAGAGGGAUUAGUGGCCCCUGGAAAUAAUAGGCUUCAGCUCCAGAAACAUGUGAAUUCUUCAUUUAUUAACUGGCUUCUGUAUGAAGCUUUAUGCUAUCAUGUUUAGAAGCCUCUUAAGAUAUAUAAAAACUGAUAGCCUAAACGUGAAAUCCUAUUUUCUUUCUAGGCCAUCAACAUCCUCUAAAACAAAAGGAAAUUUGUUUCUGAAAAUGUAUUAUAUACAGGUAGUCCUUGAUUUAGGACCACAG